AUGAACAAGGAUGAAAACGUGUCUGAGUCCCUGCUUUCAGUUCUUGUGGGAGAUAGCCACACCUUCCCACUAUCGGGGCGGAGCAGGUGGCCAGGCCUUGGAGACCUUGCACCGCUGCCACCUCCAAGGAAACCGCCCAGUGGGUCUGGCUGGCUCACGAGCCAAGUGACGCGGGUCAGCUGCGCCCCCCGGGACCCCCACGCAUCGCGGGUGCGACCGCCCAGCGCGUGGUCUCCAGAUCUAGUCUUUCCGCUACCCCUCCCCCCACAAUCCCGGAAAAAGGGGGAGGCUGGUGACGUCAUCAUCCGGGCACUCGCCGGCGGGGCCACGGUUCACAAUGGAACAAAAACAAGCGGCCCGAGUCAAACUCUGAGGGACGCAGAUGCGGCUUGCGCGAUUAACCCUGUCCUGACCACACACUCUGCCAGUCCUGGUCUCCCAGCUCCUUCUCCAGCGUGGUGCGCCAGAUCCUUCCGGGCUUCCCUUCCCCCGGUUUUCCCCGUCCUCCUCUCCCGGUUCCAAGCGUCUCUCGCCUGGCCCGGCUUCCCCCGUGGCACGCGCAACUCCCCCUGGCUCAACGGCCCGGAGUGGAGGAGAAGGGAGCAGAAGGAGCAGCUGAGCGAGGGGGGUGGGAGUCUGCGCGCCGCCGCGCUGCUGCCUCCACCGCCACCAGUGCUGCUGCCGCCGCCGCCACAACCGCCGCCACUGUCUCCGCCGCCGCCGGAGCCGCAACCUUACAGCACCCGGCCCGUCCGGGCCUCUGCCGUGCGGAGCCCCUCCCCGCGUUGCUCAGCUCACAGGCCUCGCGGGAGCCCGCCGCUGCCGCCUCUCUCUCGGGAGGCGGCCGCCUUAGCCCCCGGUGCUCCGGUCGGCGCCGGGAGCGAAGAGCAAGUCGCAGCAAAGCGACCAGGCCCGGAGCGAGGACAGAGGCGGCGACCAGGGAAAGGUGAAGCCGCCACUGCAGGAGGAGGAGCAGCAGGAGGUGACGCAGGAGAAACGCACCGCCCGGAGCCCCGUCUGAGCCGAGCGAGAGCCCCGGCCCGAGGGAAGAAGGGGGAAGAGGGCCGCCAACGCCGCUGGUGGAGGAGGAGGAGGAGGAGGCGGCGGCCGAGGCCACCGCUACCGCUGCUGCAGGGCGGGCGCGGCGAGCAGCGAAUUCCGGCGCCCCCUGUGCAGCUCCCUGGUGUUAACGGACACUUUGUCGCCCGUCACCGUCGGGCCUGGGAUGCACCCGGGGUCGGCCUUGUCCUAGGACUGAGUGAAUCUCGCAGUUGCCUGCUGCCUCCGCCUGCCCUGGUUCUGAAGACAAGACGCCUGUGUCGUGCGGUUAUGCAAUGGUCUCUGCAAGAUGGUUUAUUCUUGAAUUGGAGCUUUUUAAGACUGACAAAUGCUGGUACUUCAUCUUCUAUAAGUGGACUAUAAUUUCUUUUCUCAAGACAACUACAUAAGCAGACAAA